UGAUUUUUCAUUUUCCCUUUUAAAAUUAUAGAUGUGUUAAUUGUUUAAGUAUGGAAACCCUUCUUGAGCAGCAAAGACGUUAUCAUGAAGAACGGGAGAGACUUAUGGACGCAUCAGUUAAAGAAAUGUUACACCCUUCAAAACCGGGUCGGGAGCAGAUUAAUUCAGACCAUAGAAUGAAGCUUCUUAUAGAUCGAUACGUUGAGUGCACAAAUGAAUUGAAAGACCUGUACGAAGACAAAGAUGGAUUAAGGAAGGAAGAAGUACAGGCCUUGUCUGGCCCUAAUGAAUACGUAGAAUUUUAUGCCAGACUGAAACAGCUCAGGGAGUUCCACAGAAAACACCCAAAUGAGAUCAGUGUUCCAAUGUCUGUGGAAUUUGAGGAGCUGGCAAAAUUACGGGAAAAUGCUGGAGACGAGGGACAAAAUUUAGCCGAGUUCACAGAUGAGGAGGGCUAUGGGAAAUAUCUAGAUCUACAUGAAUGUUAUGAAAAAUUCAUCAAUCUCAAAGGCAUAGAGAAAGUGGACUACCUAACGUAUUUGUCUACAUUCGAUCUAUUAUUUGACAUCCCCAAAGACAAGAAAAGUGCUGCAUACAAAGAGUAUUUGCUGUUUUUACUGGAUUACUUGGACGGAUAUCUACACAGAGUCAAACCUUUGAUUGACACAAGUGAGGAGCUGGAGAAGGUGAAGGUGGACUUUGAUCUGCAGUGGAAUGAAGGAACUUUCCCUGGAUGGCCGAAAGAAGCAACAGGUGCUCUGACCCACACUGGAGCUCAUUUAGACCUGUCCGCUUUCUCCUCCUGGGAGGAGUUAGCUUCCCUUGGACUGGACAGAUUAAAGAGUGCAUUGAUGGCCCUGGGACUCAAGUGUGGAGGAACCCUUGAGGAAAGAGCCAUGCGGCUGUUCAGCACCAAAGGAAAAAAUCUAGAGGAUUUAGAUCCUUCUAUGUUUGCUAAGUCCAAGCCGGGCAGAGCUGGCAAAAGCAGAGAUGCCGAGCGUCAGAAGGAGAUAGGUUCCCUGGAGGCUCAGGUAUACAGAUUCUCCGAACUCCUGAGUGAGCAGAGAGCAGCCACUCGAGACAAUGUCCAGAGAAAGCAGGCCAGGACGGGCGAGGAGAGAGAGGACUCUGAUGAUGAACAUUUCGAGGAGUCAGAUUCUGAUGAUGAUGACGACGACAUCCCAUAUAACCCUAAGAAUCUCCCCCUGGGUUGGGAUGGAAAGCCUAUUCCAUACUGGUUGUAUAAGUUACAUGGUCUUAACAUCAGCUAUAGCUGCGAGAUUUGUGGAAACUUCACUUACAAGGGUCCCAAAGCUUUCCAAAGACAUUUUGCUGAAUGGAGACACGCUCACGGAAUGCGGUGUCUAGGUAUCCCCAAUACCGCCCACUUUGCCAAUGUUACACUCAUUGAAGACGCACUUGCAUUAUGGUCAAAAAUAAAGACAAACAAAGAGUCAGAGAGGUGGAAACCAGACACAGAGGAAGAAUAUGAGGAUACAACAGGGAAUGUGUUUAACAAGAAGACGUAUGAUGAUCUCAAAAGACAGGGGCUCCUCUAGGAGGAAGGACUUAUUUUUAACAGAGAUGUCAAAAUUCUCUAAAUAUUUUUUAAGCAAUAUUUGUCAUACUUUGGAAUUUCAGAGAAUUGUCUCUGAAACUUGACCAUUUUUAUCACUAGGAUCAAAGACAUUGAAAGUUGACAAAUAUAAUGCACAUACUAUCAUUCAUUGUUUUUGUACAUGGAUCAUGUAACAUUAAAACAUUAAAAUUCCA